AUGGCAGAAUUCCAGCGUUACCGGGACUCGUCCCUUCAAUCCUCAUCCUCCGCCGACACAGAUCUUGAGCUCAAGGAAAAGUCGCACGAGACGCCCUACCAGGACGAGAUCUCGCUUGAAGACAACGUGGGAGAAGCUCGAGACGCCCUUCUUCCUCGACAUGCCGCGAAUCAAGCCAUCGCAGCAGAUCCCAAAGUGGCCCUGGAAUAUACGGUUCCCACUUCUAAGAAGUUCAUGGCGUUGGGCAUAUACUUCCUUUGCAAUGUUGGUCUCACAUUAUACAACAAGGCGGUUCUCGGUUCGCUACAACCCUUUGGUCGUCGUGAAGCCUGGACUCUGUGUGCUUUUUCUCUUUUGUUCACGGUGAACAUUGCCAUUUCGAAUGUUUCAUUAGGCAUGGUAUCCAUACCAUUUCAUCAAGUGGUCCGUGCGACAUCUCCGCUGGUAACCACCGGCAUUUACCGCGUGUUUUAUGGACGAACUUACUCGAGAGCGACUUAUCUUACGCUUCUACCCAUCAUCCUGGGUGUCGGCUUGGCCACAUAUGGUGAUUACUCAUGGACGAUGGGCGGUCUCUUGAUGACACUUCUGGGCGUGCUACUUGGAGCAAUGAAGACGAUCGCCUCCAACCAAAUCAUGACCGGCAGUCUGAAACUUGCGCCGUUGGAGUUUCUUUUCCGCAUGUCACCUCUUGCGUGUGUGCAGUCGCUCAUUUACGGCAUCUGGACAGGCGAGUUCGCAAGCCUGAGAGCCGACAUCGCCCCUAUGAGAGAUAUCUCCAAGGCUGAGAUGACAUACGGGAUGACGGGCUUGGUGCUCAUUAUUCUCUGCAACGGCCUGCUGGCCUUUUGCCUGAACGUCUCCUCAUUUACCACCAACAAACUAGUUGGAGCCUUGACGAUGACCGUGUGUGGAAAUCUGAAAGUAUGUCUCACCAUCAUCUUAGGCGUGGUGCUUUUCAAUGUCACGGUUGGCUUCUCCAAUGCUUUGGGCUUGUUGAUCACCAUGUUGGGCGUGGCUGCGUAUAGCUCUGUGGAAUUGGUUUCUAAGAGAAAGAAGACGCCGGCCCCGGGUUCAGUUUGA